AUGGACGUUGAACAACAACUCAGCCGUCUGAAUAUCCGCGAUUAUGAGGACAUAACCAGCGAGUUUUUUGCCAUAACCUCCGCCAUCGAGUACGGCUCCAUCGUCAAGUCGCAACAAUUCAAGCUUCUGGAAGGCACCCACGCUUUGGAGGUGUUAAACCCCAAGCUAGAUACUGCGCUGCUGAAGCCUGAAAUUUCACAUCCAGCCGUCGAGACGCUCGAUCAGGCUGCGUGGGUGAUGGUGCGCUUGCUCGGUAGUGUGUGUGCGUGGCUUGACAACAACUCGCUGAGCGUAAGCGUGUUAAGUUGUUAUUUUGUCGAACAGCUUAUUCAGCGAAAACCCGUCACUGGCGAGCUUGUGGAGCGGUGCGUGGCACCAUUCGUGAAGGGGGUGAUCAGUUUUGUGAGCAGCGUGCUCAAACUCGGCGUUGCAGGCGUUAUUUACGAGGAGGAAGACCUCAAUACACAGACGAUGGAUCUUGAUUUUUCCGUGUACGACGGCGAACAAACGGUGCUGGAACUGCAGAAAGCCGUUAAGUGGGUGCGCAGCCAGCCAGAGUCGACAUCGCAGCAGCUUUGCGUGGAUCUGCUUCUUCUGAUCGAGCACAGCCUGCACAUUUGCGAAAUUACACAGAUCUGCGUCGAGCUGUACGAAAACCGUCCGCAAUCGCUGUCUUUCGCCGACAGCGCGCUUGAAAUCCUGGCGCGGCUGGCAGAGCCCGAGACCGUCGCAUUUGCCGGCACGUUGCCCACGGUGGCCUGUUUCUCCGCAAACGUACAAAAAACGCUCAAUAACCGGUCGCCGCCCAAACCAUUGGCCCAUUCCAGUUUCCCCAGCUCGCUCGAAAACUUCACGAAACUAUUUACGGACUUCCAGUUCAUGCUGAACGUGCUUUCCGUGCGCGACUCUGUGGAGCUGUACGAGUUUCUGAACAUAUUUAUGACGCGACGCCAGUUCACGACCGAUCCGGACGAGAUACUAGGAAACCACGUUGUUGUGCGUGCGCUGAUGCAGCUUUUCCUCAUCAGAGACGACCGCUCGAUCUUGGGGUCGCGCCGCUGGAACAUCUCGACGCUUUUGAUGGACGUUUUCUCGAAAAUCUCGUUCCAAAAUUCCAAGCUCCAAAGCAGCACCGACGAGGAGCUCCGCGGGGGCCUGGAAAAAUUAAUCAUCCAGAUAGAGCCUGCGUUUUACAACUUUCUCACGUCAAUCUCGCAAAAUCCGUCUCGCCAGCGCCAGUUUGUCAAUAAGGAGCUAAUUAUAUGGGACUCGAUCCAGGUGGAAGCGGAGAAUUUUGAGCUCGAGAGCCACGCCAAACUUCAGGACACGUUUGCCAACUCUGAGCUGCCGGUCAUGCCAGUCUCGUCCUUUGUUUACUACUUAAAGCUCACCAAGAUGGCGGAACUGCUGUUCAAGUCCAUAGAGCUGUGUCUGUUUAAGGACUGUCGCGAACUACAUCUUGGCUAUUGGCUGCUUGCAAACCAGCUCGACUACUUGGUGCAGCACUUAAAACGGCUACUGGACAUCAAUCAGCUGCGACAGGCACAGCUGACGGCGUUAUCCAAGAAAAUCAAGAAGGCUAAGGGCGAUAAGAAGGCCAAGCUGCGGGAAGAAUACGAAACAAAAAAGCAGUCUCUGCCCCAGCUACUAAAAAUGGAGCUCUAUUUUAAUAUGCAGCUGACAAAGUACCAGAUCCAUAAGAGUCUCGCCGAAAACCGCGCCACAGUGCUGCGGAUGCUUGGGAAAAAUGGCCUUAUGGAUCUCCCGAAGCUCUGCAAGGCUUCAGAGGAGACCUUGUACAAUCUGCAGUUCAAAUCCUUCCAGUCAAUAGGAGUUCCCCAAUUGCCCUCAUUCAGAGACUACAAGGAGAUGAUGAAACAACAGAAAUGGCUCGCAAGCCAGCUGUCCGCUGAGGCCAACGCCAGUUACCAGAAAGGCGUCCUGAAACAGAAAUCGGACGAAAUAAAUGCUAACAUCCGCCGUCUGGAGGCGUUGGUAGCAGAAAUGCAGUUCCCUGAAUUUAUCACUGAGCGGCUUAUACAGGAAACCAAACUGCUGAAAAAAGCCAACGUGGCAACUCUGCUGACGUUCAGCCAGGCGCUCAAGGUGGCAGACCUGCCAAGAUCGCACGUCGCGGUGGAGUUCGAAAAAUACGACCACCACCUGUACUAUCCGAAUAUAAAAGUGGCAGCGAAAUAA